UUUAUCGUUCAAAUAUACCUUUGUUUUCUAUACAAAUCAACGAAAAUGAGAUUUGUAGUAUCUAAAUUAAAUACUUUAACUAGUAUUUCAGUAAUAAGAACAAAUAUUAUCAGAAAAUUGUCUAGUGAUGCUAAAAAUAAGGAAGAAGAGGCAAAGGAAUAUAGAAAAAACAUAGUUGUAGAAAAAUAUGGAGCCAUAACAACUGUAAAUAUUGAUCAUCAGAAACAUCGCAAUAGUCUUGAUGUAAAUACACUUCAAGAGUUGGCCAUUGCUCUGGAGGCCUUCGACAAGGACACUGAUUCAAAGGUCCUAGUGGUGAAUGGAGAAGGUGGCACCUUCUGUUCGGGAUUUGACAUUGAUGAGAUUGGAGAGAAGGGAUACAAUGCACUGAAGGAUGCUGCGUCGCGUCUGUUACGGCGACCGCUGUGUGACAAGCCAACAAUAGCGGCAGUAUCGGGGUACGCCGUCGCUGAAGGGUUUGAACUGGCACUGGCUUGCGAUCUGCGGAUAAUUGAAGACACCGCCAUACUUGGAUGUCUCGGCAGGAGGUUUGGGGUGCCACAAGGACUGUUCGGAGCUCGCCGACUGACUUCUCUCAUCGGCCUCUCCCGUUCACUAGAUCUACUUAUGACGGGCCGCCUCAUAUCAGGAACAGAGGCUCACCAGGCAGGGCUGGCUUCAAAACUCACCGCGACAGGCACAGCUCUCGGCGAAUCGGUGAAGUUAGCGAAGUCUUUAGUUAAAUUUCCACAAAAUGCAUUAAUAAUGGACAAACUGGCGGCGGUGAAUUCACAACUGAAUCCGAACAGCGAGGAGAGUAUGAGAGAUGAGGCAGUUUUUACGAGCUUGUUAGGGAACGCAAUUGAGGACAUCAAACAAGGUGUUAAGAAAUUCCAAGGAGGUAUAGGAAAGCAUGGCAAAUUCUAUAAAUUAACAGAAGUCCCACUUAAAGACUGGGAGAUGGAGGAGACAUUAGAGGAAGUCAAAGUCACUAUAGAAGAAAAAAAGAAGAAUGAGAAGUCAUAAAUUGUAUACUUUAUGGUGUUAGAGCUAAGUUGUCUAAUUGUUGUAAUUAUUAAUUAAUUAAUACAAAUUACUAGUCUGCAUAUCAUUUGCUAUUUAAUUUAUUAAUUGAACUGUGUGUGUUCCUUGCUAAAUAUGUUACUUAUGCAAGUGAAAAAAUAUUAGAAACGCUGGAAACACUUGUGACGUUAAAACAUACAGAAUAGAUUUUGUACAAUUCUGUUAAACUAAAAAUUAAGUAAUUCAUACACAAAAAAAGGAACAAAAGAGCUGAAUUGUUGAAGUAACCGUUUAUGUUUAGCAAUGAGUGUGUUAUAUUAUUACAAUAUUUAUAUGGACAAUAAGUAUUAUUGAUUACAUUUAAACUUAAAACAAUUUAAACUGGGCAGCAAAUUUGAAUUUUUAGAUCUGAAUAUCAAAUCUGUUAAUGGUUUGAAUGGUUCGAAUUUGAAAUGGGUUAUAAUUUAUAUCCUAUAACUGUAAAUAUAAUCUGUGACAUAUAGAACAAAAUAUCUGAACCUUUGGAGGAAAUUUGCACUCUGUGAUUUCAUAUUAGGUUCAAAACCAUGUUUAACUCAUGAUGCUCUCUCACUAUACAUUGUUGCUAAAAUGUUACUUAAAAAAUAUUAGUGUAUAAAUAAAAAGCAAGUAUAAAAAAUAAGUUUUAAU